UUCUCCAUCAUUCUUCAUCUUCACAACCCACCUCCACCUACCUACCACCUACCUGCGCAUACUCUACCCUCCACCAAACCAAACCAAACCGAUCUGAUCCGAGAAAUCCACCUCAAUCGCAUAACCACCAAAGACCAACAACCAGCACUCCAACCAGGGCAACAUCAUGCCCCCCUCCACGAACCCCUCGCAACCAGAACCCCAACCCCAACCGCAAUCAACAAUGCCCCUCCCCAAAAAACCCCUAACCCUAAUCGUGGCCACGACCCCCCUCACGAGCCCCCAAUCCGGCCACCAGCGCCUCGGCAUCGGCCUCAACGGGACCCUCCCCUGGCCGCGCAUCAAAACCGACAUGUCGUUCUUCGCGCGCGUCACGACCCGCCCACCGUCUGAGAUCCCGGGGUCCACGAACGCGAUGAUCAUGGGGCGGAAGACGUACGACAGCGUGCCUGCGAGCCUGAGGCCGUUGGGGAAGAGGCUGAGUGUGAUCCUUUCCCGGGGAGGCGAGGGCGGGAAAGGGGGGUUGGGGGAGAGAGUGAGGAGGGAUUUGGAGAGGAAGUUGGAGAAGGAAAAGGAGAGGGAGAGGGAGUUGGCUCAGGAGAAGGAGAAGGCUCAGACUCAGACUCAGGAGCAGGGGCAGGGGCAGGGGCAAGGCACACAAAAGGGCGAGGAGAAACGCGGCGGAAAACAAACCUCCGCGAUAAUCGCCACCUCCCUGCCCUCUGCGCUAGAUGAGCUCGAUCACACCUACUCCAAGCCGGACUCGCAUCCCCUUGUCGGGCAUGUCUUUGUGAUCGGCGGCGCGGAGAUCUACAGGUCUGCGCUGGACCUUCCGUCGACGCAGCCCUUGCGGAUCGUGAUGACGCACGUGGAGAAGCUGAGCGGGGAGAAGUUCGAGUGCGAUACGUUUUUCCCGGUGGAUGAGGAAUUGGAGGAUCCGGGGUUGUGGAGGACGGCUAGCGCGGAGGAAGUGACGGGGUGGGUUGGGGAGGUGGUGACGGGGGAGUGGAUAGAGGAGGGGGAUGUGAAGUUGGAGGGGUGGUUUAUGGAUUUCGUGUUUGACUCAAAUCUAUAUCUAGAUUGA